AUGGACGUACCGAUCGUCAUGACCACAAAAGAUUUUGUAUACAAGACCGUCGAGGGCCUUGACGUCGCAGCGACUGUGUACUGGCCUCAGACUGGAUUGGACAACAGAAACACGAAACUACCGAUAGCAAUUGGAUUUCAUGCGGGCGGCUUCACUAUCGGAUCCAGGUUUCUCUUCAAUCCCGAAGAGGUAAAGCUUCUCCUCGACCUCGGGUUCGUUGUUGUGUUGGCGGAUUACCGUCUCUGUCCACAUGUCACCCUCUAUGACGGUCCUAUCCAGGAUGCGAGGGAUGCAUUUCGUUGGACGAAGACAACGCUUCCCGAUCUAAUUCGCAAUGAAGUAGGAAUCACACUGGAUCCAAGUCGUGUUGUCGCUUUUGGUCAAUCUUCCGGUGGGACUUUGGCUUUACACCUGGGAAGCCUAACUGACCCCCCGAAAGCGAUUGCAGCAUUCUACGCAGCCGCCUACUUCUCCGACGACACCUGGAGCCAGCCGACCCCCGGCUCGGAAAUGAUGCCUCCAAUUGAUCAGUCUUUGGCACAGCGUGUUUUCAGCGAGCCACCCCGUUCCAUGACCGUUAUCUCACCGGAGCAGUUUAUCGUACCGGGCACCAUGCCUAUGCCCGAUCUUUCCAGGCCUCGAGACGCCUGGAUGGCUCUAGCUUUCAAGGAAGGGAAGCAUCUGGAGCGCUGUGUUCACGACGGCGACCUUGCGCGUGUGGACCCAGCGACCUUCUUCUCGUCUGCAUUCCCUCCGACGAUCCUCCUGACUGGGACGAAGGAUACGUUUAUUGACCCUCGGUUCUCGCGGCGCGCGCAUGAGCAUCUGACGGGACUGGGGGUGGAGACGAAGCUGAUUUUGGCGGAAGGAGGGCAACACGGGUUUGAUUUUGGGCUAGGAAGGGAUGAGGCCCAGUUUAAGGAGAGUGUCCUUCCAGGCUACGAGUUUUUGGCCGAACACGUUUAG